GUAUCCUGAAAGGUGUCGCCUUUUUUCCAGUCCCGAGAGUUCCAGUUUGUCUUAAAGUCUGAAGGCACCAGCCACCUUCAGCCCCUUCAGCAUCCGUCCCAGCGCAGGAAUGCUCUCAAUAUUGGUCACCGUGGGCUUUCUCUGCACAGCUACUGCCAUUGCUGAAGUAAUGGAAGUGACUCAGCCAGCAAUGGUACUGGCCAACAGGCAAGGAGUCGCCAGCUUGGUGUGUAAAUACAAGCACAUUGGGAAUGCAAAGGAAAUUCGAGUGACUCUGCUUAAACAGACGGGUGAUCAGUUCACUGAAAUUUGCGCUUCAACCUACACAACGGAGUUUAAAAUGUUCAGUGUGGAAGAGGUCAUUCAGUGCCACGUUAGCCCUAGCCGAAACAAAGUGACCCUCACCCUUACUGGCCUGCAAGUUAAUGAUACGGGUCUUUACAUCUGCAAGAUGGAGCGGAUGUACCCUCCACCCUAUUUUAUGAACAAGGGAAAUGGGACGCAUCUCUAUGUCAUUGAUCCAGAACCUUGUCCAGACACUGCCAUAUAUCUCUGGGUAUUAGGAGCUACUGCUUCAGGAUUUUUUCUUUACAGUCUCAUCAUCUCAGCCAUUCUCGUGGGCAAAGCGAUAAAGAGAAGACGAUGUCUCACUACUGGGGUCUAUGUGAAAAUGCCUUCUGAAAAGCUAGAGAAAAAAGUGAUUCCAUUCCACAUCACUGUUAACUGAAACAAGGAAAGAGAGAAACUGUUUCCUAGCUGGGAUGGAGAGUCUGCUAAUUCACUUAAGUUAAAGAAAUAAAAUUAAUUGUCUUGUUACAAAGGUGUACGGGAAGAAGAGAGAAUAUGCUUUGUAACUUCUGUGGUUUGGAGGAGAAUAAAUAGUUUAUGCAUUAAUAUUUCAAGGUUAACCCUCUCACAUAAAAAUGGCUACACUGGGCCAUUGAUUCUUUGAAUUGUAUUGUACCAAUAUGUAGUCUAUCUAAUGGUCUAUAUAGUGUAUAGCAUUAAGAGAUAUUGCUGUUGCAGCCGAGCGUCUUACUGUCAAGUUUCACCAUGUCUAUUGAUCAACUGAAAUCCAAACACUAUUAUGACAGAGGCUUGUGUGUCAUUGCAAGCCUUAAUCCUAGAGGUCUGGGGUGCAGAGGCAGAAGAGCACACUAAUGUACAAAGAAAUGUUGACUUGUUUCCCUGCAUUGCUAUUUAUUGGUCUCAUUUCUGGCAUUAGUGCUCUGCGCUUCCACAGAGGCUUCACUGUAGGCUGACAAUGAUGACAUUGCUGCUCUAAAAGCCUGAUCUAAGCUCCUUUCACUGGCAUUGUGUCCCACUAGUGCUGUGUUGGAGUUAACAUUGAUGAUAUCUGAGCCAGUGCUGACAGCUCGGUUGGAGAGAAAGGCUGCCCAGCAGGAGCCCUCUUAGGCUGUUGCUGGGAGGAAGUUCCAGCUCUGCUGGGGCCUUGCAUUUUACAAAUGCUAAAUUAGCAUCU